CAAUAGUAUUCCAAUUGAACUGCAGUUUUAUUUUUUCAGAUAUCAUUAAGAACUCCGAUUCUUUGUACUGGUCAUCUCGUCUUUGACAGAAGAAGAAAAAGAAAAAGAAGAUGUCUCGAGAGAGAGCCAAACGUGCGACACUGCCUCCAGCUCAGGAGAAUAUUGACAAGUUGGAAAAAGUAGUAAAACAAGGAAAUUACUAUGGAGCUCAACAGAUGUUCAAGUCUAUUAGUGCUAGAUAUGUGUCUGCUGAGAGGUAUUCUGAAGCUUUGGAUAUUCUUCAGUGUGGUGCUUGCUUACAAUUGGAGAAUGGACAGGUCACCUGUGGGUCAGAGCUUGCAUUGUUGUUUGUUGAAACUCUUGUAAAAGGAGAAGUUCCUUAUAACGAAGAAACUCUUGACCGUGUCAGGAAAAUCUACGAGAAGUUUCCUCGACCUUCAGUGCCACAAAAUUUGGACCUCGCUGAUGAUGAUGAUAUGCAAAAACUUUCUGAAGCCAUUGCGGCUGCCAAAACCCGAGUAGAAUGUUGUUCUUCCUUUUUAAAAGCCUCUAUCAAGUGGUCAGCAGAAUUUGGUGCACAUAGGUAUGGAUCUCCAGAGUUGCAUGAGAUGCUGGCAGAUUAUAUAUAUUCUCAAUCUACUGAAGUGGACAUGGUUAAAGUAUCUUUUCAUUUUGUUAGAGGAAGGAAUCUGAAGAAAUUUGCUUCAACUAUCAUAAAUUUCAUGGGCAAGUGCUAUCCAGGAGAGGAUGAUUUGGCUAUUGCCCGGGCAAUUUUGAUGUACUUGUCUCUAGGAAACCUUAGAGAUGCGAACAAGCUCAUGGAAGAGGUGGAAAAGGAAAUGGAGGCGAAGCAUCUUGGAUUUCCUCAGUCAGAAUUAAUGCAGUUUGUCAACUACCUUUUGCUGACGUUGCAGAGAGAUGCUUUACCUCUCUUUAACAUGUUGAGACAGAGCUACAAGUCUAGUAUAGAUAGAGAUCCUCUAUUAAAUGAGUUGCUAGAUGAAAUUGCAAAGAAGUUCUAUGGCGUACAGCGUAAAAAUCCUCUUCAAGGCAUGUUUGGAGAUAUCUUUAAGAUGAUGGGAGGCGAAUAGGACAGGGAAAAGAGUCUUUCUUCAAAUGAUCUCCAUCUAAAUAGUGUCAUGAGAGACAAGUUGGUUCAUUCAACACCAAUCCAAGUUGUCCAUGGAUUGAUCCGCUGCAGUUAAACUGAUGUGCUUGCCUUAACUAUUCAUGCUCGGUCUGGCGCUAUAACAUAAUGUUGCAGAAUGCGGUUUUGAAUUUUCACUGAUUGCUCAAGCUUCCCUUUUCUUGUUAGCAAUUUGUGAUUCCGCAAAUAUUUCUAUUUAAAAUCCUAUAUUUACUGUUCUUUUUCCCAUACAUUGCUAUUGUACAAUAGAUGAAACCUCUGAGUUAAUAAUAUUAUAUCUUUUGGUGUGUUUGGGAUA